GUUUUGAGACAUACACCAUGUCGAUGAAUCCUUUGGUCACAUCCAGUUGCUGAUUGCGCAGUGUAACUUAAUGAGGGGCAAGAGGGGUUCUCCGUGCGACAUGGCAUUGUUCCACAAACUCGAACUCGAUAAAACAAGGGCCGUCAUUUGAGCCCACCGCAAGAUGCAUCAUGGCGACAGUUGGAUGAAAGAGAUACAGUGGCAACCCGGUUUAUCAAGGCGCAUAAAAAUGUGAUCAGUACUGCAGUAAUACACCAUGCCCAAGCAAGUUGACAAAAAUUUUAUGCUACCUUUGAUACGAAUUUACGAUGGCUUCGCUUUAUAAGCCUCUUUGCGCAGAGACCGGCGAGAUUCGACUCAUAGUGGUCAAUCCGGGCAACUCGCCCGACCCGAUCAGCUGCAGCUUCGACAUAGUCUCACUGACCGACGCACCGAUACCCGCAUACGAUGCGCUCUGUUAUACCUGGGGAGAUGAUGAGAUCGGCCGCCAACCAACUUUUGUGGAUGGGCAACUCCUGCAUGUGCGACUGAACCUCCAUGCCGCGUUGCAAACAAUCCGCACCAUCACUGGUGCAGCCGUCCUAUGGAUCGAUGCCCUCUGCAUCAACCAAUCGGACCUGGGCGAGCGGGCGCGACAGGUUCGCAUCACGAGAGAUAUCUUUGCCAGGGCCAGGAGAGUUCUAGCCUGGGUUGGCCCUCUACACGACGAGCGGGAUUUACACGCGAUGCAUCUUAUGACUAGAAUUAUCCUCGAGCCGGAAAGGUGGGCAAGCGAGGCCACCCGGGGCCUGAUAGGAAUAGAUAAUCUACACGAGAACCCGCUGUCCUCCCUUUACCACUUCCUCUCCAGACCAUACUGGGGCAGAAUGUGGAUAGUUCAAGAGCUCGCCGUUGCACAAGAAUGCUGGGUGCUAUGGAAGGCGGCGGAUCUUGCGGGCACCCUGACCUUCACUCAGAUGAUCGACGCGGUCUGCCAUUUCCGAGAAAACGACUGCAAAAUUGACCUCCGAGGUGCGCUGGAGUUCCUUCCAGGCCAUAGCUGCUCAGAUCCAAGAGACAAGGUCUACGCAAUACUGGGACUGUGUGGUGAAGCAACCCGUACCGCCAUUGUCCCUGACUACAGCGAGGCAAUGACACUUGUGAAGCUUCAUCGACGGGUUGUGGAACAUUGCCUGGAUGUCGAGGGGAAUCUCACUGUUCUUGCUGGACCUCGUCAUCAUGUUGCACAGGAUGAUGGCUUGCCAUCUUGGUGUCCAAGAUUUCACGAUAUUGAUCAGUGGCUUGCAAAAGAUCCCUUGGACCUUCGAGGUCUCGGCCUUGCCCAUUCACCCUCGUUGAGAUUCAUUGACCAUGCUGAAACGGGUCCUAUGAGGCUGAUAGUCGAAGGCUACGUGGUAGAUAGGAUAGCUACUAUUGUAGACAUCUCAGACCCCGACAUCACACUGGAAAGUCCUACCCCGCUGCCUUUGCUCGAAGAGAUAAUCAGCUCUACUCUGCAAAAAGUAGCCAACAGCACUCGGAAGCCAAAUGCCAAACUUGACAGAGGAGGCCCACUCAAAGAAGCGGCCAUGACUACACUUGAAUGGCUACUAUCAUCCGAAGAAAGCCCUCUGACCUCUGAGUCCUUCCAGAAUGUAGCAUCGACCCGUCUCAGGCGUGACAGGAUAUUUCUAACAGAGCUUAAUCUGGUCGGAGUUGGACCUAUUGUUUUUGAUCAAGAUGACUUGUUGUCGUGGUUCCUCACGUUUUGGACCCUUGAUGAGCAAACAGCAAACAACAUCACCUAUAGGCUAGCUUGA